ACACUCCAUAAUUGUAAACUUGAGUCUAGAUUCUGUACAUUUCUGUAGAUCUAGUCUAUGCAUUAUCACGAAAACAUGAAUGAGUGUUCUACAUUGAGGAAUAAAAUCCAGAUCUAAACCUAAAUCAACCAUUCAAUGACUUGGAUUAACCUUCAGAACAAAUAAAACUCACAAUGGAAUAUAUUUAGAUAACAAGAAAAACAACUAGUAAUGAAGAGAAACAACUUAUCUCCCCUGACUACCCAAGUCGUAGGCUCGACACUGUGUAUGCUUCUGUUUGGAUAUAUAGUUCCGGUACAAGGCAACUCAGAAUGUAUCCGGCACUCGUGUGACAGCUCCGCCCUUAUCUCUUGCAACCAUUCCAUGGUCCUGCUCGUGACAGAUGUAACCAAUGGACGCUUGAAUAGGAGCAAGGAGACCUUUGAGGACGUGAAGCAGUCGUGCAUGGGAAGGAACAGGUGCAGCCUGCCGUCUUCCUGUAACAGCCGUCCCGGACAGCUUUUCGUCCACUACUUUUGUGUCAAUUCCAGCCACAUACGAUCCAAGACGUGUAGCGGUACUACAUCCAUCAAAGCCCAAACAGGAUUUAUUCAAUCUCCCGGUUAUCCCAGAUUUAUUGAUAAACCAGUUCCUUGCCGAUGGAAACUCGAGGCUCCCAGAAACAGUGUCAUGGUUCUGUCCCUUCACGAUAUUGUUAUCAGGGCCGACAAAGAGCUGUGUGACGGGGGCCUGAAGGUUACUGGUUUCAAAUGUGACGAGGAAAACCGAGUCUCCCAGACCAUCUCCCUCUGCACAGGUGAGGACGAGAGGCUGCUCGGUCACAUCAGGUGUAGCCAGGUGGACAUAGAACUGGAUAUAACCACACGAUUCUACCCUCUCAAGUUUUGGAUGUCGUUUCACGUUCGACCCAGACCCCAGUCAGUUCUUAGCAUACAAGAACAAUCACCUCUGAACAUUCAAGCCUCAUUGUUGCCAUGUUCAGGAUGGAUUUACUACAUGGACACUGGGACUUUUGAAUAUCCUCUGGUCACUACAGCCACACCACAAGAACCAGAGAUGGCUAACCAGGGAAAUAACACAGAGUUACUUAUUAUAAUGCUGUCAAUAAUUAGUGGAUUCUCACUGGUGCUGCUGGUUAUACUUGUACUUGUGUGUAUCAGAUGUCAUCUCCUUCAGACCAGUCAUACUGAGUAUCUUUACACUGAAACCAGUUCAGGCCUUCAGGAACACAAUCAGUACAUUUCUUCACUCGAAAAUGAGAAGCCCAGACCUCGAUUAGCAGACGGUUAUUAUGAGGUUGCUGAUGCAAUACCUCCAUCCCAGCGUGGAACUACUCCAACUUCACCUGCUUAUGCCGAGGUAGAGACCAUUGUGAAUCUCAGAAAAGGUCCUUGGAUGGAAAAUGACAUCAAAUUAUUCAAGCCAUCUCUCUUAAAAACAGAUGACAAAAUUUCUAUUAAAACUGGUGAUGGCCUAAAUGGAAGAUUAAAAUUUGGAACUCUGCCUGUCAUGAAAGAAGAAAAUGUCAAAAGUGACAAUAACAUUUCUGCUGGCUUCCGAAAUAGCACAGGGCCAGUAAUUAUAGCAGCCACAUUAAAGAAAAAGAACCUGAAUUCUGAGUCCAUCAUUCAGAAUGAGGUUACAACAAGCAUCACAUCUAGUUCUGUCCAGGAUGAUGGUUCGCCAACAUAUGAGCCAAUUGGUGACUGUCCUGUUAAAAAAUCAACUGAAGCCAACAGUGAAUCUGUCUCACAAAGAAGCCCAGGCUCUAAGAAAAAAAAGGUGAAAAAUUGUUUGGACAAUCAGACCUAUGUGGAUUUAGAAAACUAUAGCAAAACCUGGAACAGGGAUCCUGGAAAAGCAACAAAUGCCAAGGCCAAUGGUGUUGUCUUAGACACUCAGUUUAAAGGAAAUAAUAUUCUGACCAAAGAUGGUCAAAAGGUGAUAACAGCGGCUUCUACAAGAAACAAUGUGCGAACAACAGGACAGAAAAGUGAUGUGGUAAAAAUACAAGAUGGAAGCAAAACACUUCCAAAUAAAAACACCAGAGGUUUCCUUGAAAUUCAUGCAAUGAAGAACAACAAUUAUAAAUUUUCUGAUUGCUCAGACCUGCAAAGUUCAAAGGGCAUUGUGCGUAAUGGAAUUAGAAUGUUUGAAAAAAAUAAAGUGCCUGACAUUGACAGCCUUUCAAAUUCAUAGACAUUGUUUUUUUUUGUUGUGUUAUAGUUAAUAUAUUGCAAGCAUAAAUAUUGUUACAGUUUAUUUAAAAUGUUUUUUUUAAUAGAAUUAUGGACCAGUACAAUCUUUUUAUUGGUUUCUCCAUUUAUAUUAUAAACUAUAUAUAAGAAUGUUUCCAUUUUUCAUCAGUAACAAAUGUUUGUGUAUUUUGUUUUAUGAUAAGUUAAAGUAUCAUAAUACUUCAGUCAAAAGCUGAAAAUGAGAAUACUUGUUUAAUCAUAAUUAUUGAACAUGAAGAUGCAUGCUGAUAAUGCAUUUAUUCAAUAAAUUCAUUUUUUUUU